AUGAAGUUACAGGGGUCCCUGGCCUGCCUCCUGCUGGCCCUGUGGCUGGGCAGUGGGGAGGCUGGCCCACUGCUGAGUGGAGGGGAGAGCAGUGGAACAGCUGUUGGGGAGGCCAUUGGACAUGGGAUGGGAGACGCCAUCAGCCAUGGAGUCAGGCAGGCCAUUGGUCAAGGAGUCGGAGAGGGAGCCAGCUCUGGAGCCAGGGAGGCUGUGGGCCCUGGUGUGGCAGAUACUCUCGGCCACAGGCUUGGGGAAGCAGCCCACGCUCUUGGAAAUACUGGGAGUGAGGCUGGCAGACAGGCUGAGGAUAUCAUUCGACAUGGAAUAGAUGCUGCCCACAGCUCCUGGCAGGGGAUGCCUGGCAGCAACGGUGCUUGGCCUCUAUCUGGAGGCCAUGGCAUCUCUGGCUCUCAGGGUAGCCUUGGAGGCCACAGCCAGGGUAAUCCUGGAGGUCCAGGGACUCCUUGGGGCCAUGGACACCCUGGAAGCUCAGAAGGCAGCUUUGGAGCCAACUCUCAGGGAGGCUCCUGGGGUCAAGGAGGCAAUGGAGGGUCAUUCAACUCUGGCACCAAUGCUCAGGGAACUGUGGCCCAGCCUGGUUAUGGUUCAGUGAGAGUUGGUGGCCAAAAUGCAGAGUGCACCAACCCCCCACCAUCUGGCUCAGGUGGAAGCUCUGGCAAUUCUGGGGGAUCCAACACCGGCUCUUCCUCAGGUAGCAGCGGUGGAAGCGGUGGUGGAAACAAACCUGGGUGUGAAAACCCAGGGAAUGAAGUCCGCAUGUCCGGAGGAUCCGGGGGUCAGGGCUUCAGAGGAGUACAGGGAGGCCCCAGCGGCGCCAGUGACAUCAGGGAAAUAAGCAAAGAGGGCAAUCGCCUCCUUGGGGGCUCCUACGGCAAUCAUCAGGGGCAAGGGCCCAGUGGGGACAAGGGAAGAGGUGACAUUGUCAGUGGAGUCAAUACUAUGAAUUCUGAGACGUCUCCUGGGCCCUUCAACUUUGACACUUUCUGGAAGAAAUUUAAAUCCAAGCUGGGUUUCAUUAACUGGGAUGCCAUAGACAAGAACCAAGUCCUGUCCCCCAGCACUCGAGCCCUCCUCUACUUCCGCCGACUCUGGGAGGAUUUCAAACAAAACACUCCUUUCUUCAACUGGAAAGCAAUUAUGGAGGGUGCAGAUGCGUCAUCCCUACAGAAGAGGGCGGGUGGUGCUGAUCAGAACUACAAUUAUAACCACCAGGCAUAUCCUACUGCCUAUGGCAAGCAGUACUCAGCCAAGACCCCUGCUAAGGGAAGAGUCACGCUUUCUUCCUCGGCUUCCCGGGUGCAACCUGGCCUGCUGCAGUGGGCGAAGUUUUGGUAGAAAAUUACUUCCAAUCACUACUGAGGCCCUGAAAAACACCUCGUUGUUAAGGAGCCUGACUGCGCUCCCACCCCCAGCUCCCCCACCCUGUGCCAGCCGUGGUCUGGAUGCUGACACCUCUGUUUUCUAGGUUGGGGACCUGGUUGUUUGUUCCUUGUUUCUUCCCGCUCCAUUGUCGUGUCCCUGUGACCAACAGCCUCACUGGAUAAACUUCACCUUACUCCAUUUUGUGACCUGACGUCACUGUGACAGUUCUUCAGGAGGAGCUUUCUACUUUUGAGUUUCUCUGUGAAAAUAAAACAUGAAUAUUGUUCCACUAA